AUGCAUGUUCUUCUAAUCUUUUUAAAGGCUUUGAAUGAGCAGUACUUGAACCUAACUGGCGAGAAAGACGCUCACAUCACACAGACAGAAACAAACAUCCGUGAGAGUGAGAGCGAGAUUCAGCAGCUGAGGGAUGCUGUAACCAGCGCUGAAGAAGCACACUUGGCUGCGCAAAAGCUCUGCGAGGAUUUGAGGCAGAAACUCAUCACAACAGAAGCCGACAGAGCAAACCAGAGCAUGAAGAUGACUGCAGAGAUCGAUGACCUCAACAGGACGAAGGGCAACCUUGGAGAGCGGCUCAUCGAGCUGAUAAGGGACAAAGAUGCUCUGUGGCAGAAGUCAGACGCUCUGGAGUUUGAGCAGAAAAUGCGAGCAGAGGAGCACUGGUGGUCCGAUAAAGAGACCACCAACUGCCUCGACUGCAAGGGCCAAUUCACCUGGUGGCUGCGCAGACAUCACUGCAG